AAAAAAAAUAGAAAUUAUUUUUGUUUACCACACGCCCAUUAUAAGUCCAGAAUGUCCAAACCGACCACAAUAAAGGACGCCAUCGCCAAUUGGGAACAGAAGCACAAUGAAGUGGCUGCUAAAGCCGUGGACAUCGGUUUGCAAUUCCAAUGGCCUCCUAUUGAGAAGAUGGACUCGAAUUUAUCAGUUUUAGCUGAAUGCCGUAAGCUUAGUUUGUCUACCAACAUGAUUGAUAAAAUUGUGGGUAUAAGUUCCUUGAAAAACUUAAAAAUUCUGGUUCUAUCUCGUAAUUAUCUUAAAACUAUAAAUGGCAUUGAGGUGCUAGCAGAAACAUUGGAACAAUUAUGGGUUAGUUACAAUUUAAUUGAGAAGCUGAAGCCAAUUGAAGCCAUGAAAAAUUUGAAGGUAUUCUAUUUAUCCAAUAACAAUGUGAAAGAGUGGGGCGAACUUGUUCGCUUGAAUCUAGCAACCAAAUUGGAAGAAAUAACGUUCGCAGGCAAUCCAUUGCAGGAAUAUUUCGAGGAUGCUGUAUUUCGUUCUGAGACUAUGAGACGUUUACCACAUUUAAAAAAACUGGAUGGCGAUCCGCUGAUUCGUUAAUUUAUUUUAUUUUCGUUAAUGUGCCGGUACAUUUUUUAUUAAAAACUCAAAGGGAACUAUUUCAAGCGAAAAUUAAAAUAUAAAAAGAUUUCGUCAAUUCUUCAUAUUUUUUAAAUUCAGUAUUUAAUAAAGACUAUCAUUCAAUA